AUGGCCGACGCCACGGAUUGCGCCCAACGCGUUUUGCAAGCCAUCUCCGUGCUUGGACGGCCCCACUCGACACAGCAACAGAAACAUGAAGCGAACAACUUGUUGGCGCAGGUGACACUGGCUGAACCACCACUGUGUUUGUCAGUCGCAAAUGUGCUUUGCGGGCCACAUCAGCAAGAGGAUGUUCAAUUGUUUGGGUACUCGUGGCUGCAUGGGCUGGUAUCGAAACGCUGGACCCAGCUGACAGGCCAACAGCAAAAGGAUAUCGCAAUGUUCUCAUUGGAGAAGGCGAUGCAAGCUUUUCAGUCCACAAACAAUCAAGGUGUCAGAAAUACAGCAGCACAGCUUCUGGCUGGCGUGUUGAUCAGGUCUGACCAGAAAUCUUUCGAGGCAGCCAGCAGUCUAUUUGUUGGUGGUGGUGGGCAGGACAAUCCCCAGGGUGAGCUGGCCUGCGUUGUGCAAUACUACAUGAGUGAAGGUGUUACGCAGUUUGGCCACGAGUUGCCAGAGCCACAACGAAGGGCAGCUUUGUCGAUGCUUACUGCUGCAGCUGCAGUUACACUGCAAUUUCUCAUGAAGAUCAUCAGCCAGCAUUGCUCUGCCGCUUCGAGCGCAGCUUCACAAGGCAACCAGGAAGUUGCUCUGAAGGAAACAAAGGGAAUCAAAACUGCACUGAUGACAGUGUCUUCUUGGGUUUCAUGGGCACCCUUGCCCAGGAUUCAACAGGCUGGGGUGAUCGACAUGUGCCGCGCUUUGGUCAUGACACAGGAGCUCUGUGCAUCAAUUCUUGAGAUUUUGGACAAAAUAAUUUGUAGGGAGUGCCACAGCGAUGAAGAUUUGCAAAUUAUUGUGGCAGCUGGGAGUGCACUUGCAUCUGCAGUGGGUCAAUUCUUACAGCAAAACUUGCAAGUGAUGGACGAGGAAAGCUGUGAAGCAGCAGAAAAAUUUGUCGGAGCAUUGUCUACAUUUGGUGAACGCCAUGCUCAGCACUUGAGCAAUGCGCAAGAACAGCGAGCAUUGGUUCAGCAGAUUGUAGCCUGCUGCAGCAUUCAACAUGUGAAGGUGCGUGCCUUGCCGUUGUCCUUUUGGUACCACCACCUCAACAGCGCUCAACAGGCGAAUAAGAUCCCUGAAAAGACCUCAGCGCUUGGGCUGCCAUUGUUGGAGGAAUGCUCAAAGCCACUGGCCAAGUUCAUAAUUCAAUUCAUGAGUCAGUUGUCAGGAGACGACUGCACUUCAGGGCUUUUCGACACUGCCCAAGAACAAAACGAUUUCAAGUCAAGGGUGGCCGGGCAGCUCCAGAAUUGCCUCAGGCUUGCUUGCUGGCUGUUCCCAGAGUGCUGCAUGGAGGAGGUCGGGCAGUUGCACCAGGAAGUGAGACAAACUUUUGAACCAACCUUGCCCGCACUCGGCGAACAGCAGCACAAGCUGACUUUGCUGGGAACUGUCCUGGAGGCUGUUGCGCAGGGUCUGGAGGGGCCCCGGAGUGAAGUUGCUGCUCGCCACUUGAGCGAUGUCAUCAAGGGACUGUUGAAAAUAGAACUCCGACAUGAUAUUGUUCCACAAUUCGUGCGGGCUGUUGAGGCAGGGAAGGCUGUUCUACACAAGGACGAGACACUUGCAGAGAUGUUGGUGGGGUUUGUGCACGACAAUGUUUUAAAGUUUCCAUGCGAAGGGCGAGGGCCCCCUCCUCUUCAGGCCGCCUGUCCCUCUGGCAGUGUAUCUCAAGCAAAUGCAAAAGCACGCCUGCAGCUGUGCCACAUGCUGUCCAAGGUGGCACAUUCAGCACCCAAAGCAUUCCUGAAGCAUCUGCAGAAUCUGACGUUUCGGAUGGAGACAUUGAAGCAGAAUGGAGAUUUGGGGGAUGGGGAGAUCGCUGUGUUCAUGGAGGGUGUGCUGGCAGUGAGCAAGGCUGCCGACCGAUCUGUGCAGGACCAAAUAUUGUCUUGGAUGUUGAAUCCAAUAGCUGCUAAAUGGACAGCACCAUCCUGGCUUGCACAUCUGGAGUCACCGAGAGCUUUUGUUGCUGAAUACAUGCCUUUCCAAGUUUCUGGUGGAGAACUGAUGAUCGGGAACAGGGAACAGCGAUGGGAGCUCUUCCAUGACGUGUACCUGGUGCAAAAGAUAUAUGCUGAAGCAGAUAGACCCGCUGGCAACUUAGGGGAAGGCCACCCACUGACCACUUUUCUUCAACUGGUGUUGGUUGUUGGCCGUUUGUUGACAUGUGUAUUCCGUCUGUGGGAUCCAAGCAUGCGGGGCAGCCUUGGUCCAUUGUCUAAUGCACUUGACUUGGCCGCUGAUGAGAAGAAGCCAUACUUGAAAUCCAGCGGCGUUCGGUCACAGGAGGCAGGAGAUGAUGAUGGAAUGGGCAUUGCAGGUACAUCGCUGGUGUCCUUGCGGAAAUGGCUGGUCCAAAUCAGCGAUCGCGGCAACAUUGUCCUUGCCACUUCCCCUGCAUCUUGCCCUGACUUCUGGUCCUGCCAGCCAUUGGUCCAGCAGCUCCCCCAGCUAUUGUCGACGGGUGUGGUGCACCUUGAUUUGAAGGGUCAACGCCUGUUCCUGCACCAAGUGAUGCUGCCCUGGCUGAAGUCGUGCCCGCUGCAGGCAUGCAACAUCUGGCUUGCCCCACUGCUGCAAGCGGUGCUGCACACCAGUCUGGCAACAGUGAAGCAAGGCUGGGAGAGGCUGUCAUCAAAUGGCCCAAGAUGGGGGCAGAAUGAGACUGGCGAUCUGGAAGAGGUUGUUUAUGAAGGGUUGUUGCGAGAACUGGCCCAAGAGCAAUGCAAGAUGCUUGAUGCUCUAGCUGCUCCCACACAGGAGUCCACAGUCUUUGAGGCCCUGUGGCAAUCCAACAGGAAGGUCUGUGAAACCGCUGCUGUGUCAGCGCUGGAGUCGCUGCAGUGGCCGGAUACCAAGGCCAUUCAAUCCUCUCUCAAUUUUUGCAGUUACCUCGUUGCGGUGUCUACAAAUGUCCCAGACUUGAAGCCCAUGGUGACAGAUGCAUUGUUGAAGGCAGCGCUGCAGCUGCUGACCUUUGAACGUGCAGAAAUCUUCCACACGUUUGUGCUGGACAUAAUAGCAUCUAUUGUGCACAAACAUGUGGCAACGUCGCCAACUGUGAAGCAGGUGCUGCUGACACUCCCAAACAUGACAACACAGGCUUUUGAUUGCUGCAUUCAGGAGAUGAAUGCAACGCAGUCAGCGAAGCGGCAUCGCAGGGCUGUAAGGGAUGUGCUGGUGGAGAGCUGCGGUACACACAUGAGGGCGCUGGCCUCUGUUCAGAGACCAACUACAGGGGUCCAAGUGAGCGAACCUGGAGCCAAGAGCCCUAAGGCUGCAUCCUUCUACGAUGCUUCGGCGUGGGACGCAGCCCAUUGA